CGCCGAUACAGGUCACCUACGGGAAGAAGUUCUGCUCGGAGGAUGGCAAGACGUCUUCUAACUGUCACGUACUUGCCGCAAAUAUCAUAAGAUCAUCGGUCACUCAGCCUACCACACCAUUAGCGUCCCCCAGCUUGGCAUACGUCCCCUUCUGAGUCUGCUCCGUCUCAUCAUCAAUAAGCCUGCAAUUGGCGCCGCUGUAAAGCGUCUCAAUCUGGAGAUGUCGGAUCGGUAUAGGCUUAAGGAAGAUGAAGAUGAAGAUGAACUUUCCCCCUUCACGUCAUUCGAUAUUCUUUUUAUACAGCAGGCUUCCGUUUCCGCAGGCGUUACCCCCAGCACCAUCUCUGGAAAGUGCAGGCUCUCCUUGACGAUGGUUUCGAUUAAUACGAUGAAGUUCAAGCUCAAAGGCACAAAUUCCUCGCUGUCCUUCUGCUUCACAACAUGAAGAAUCUUGAGGAACUUGCUUGCAACAGUACUUUAGAAGGAGGAUGGAUGAUUGGCACGGAUGUUGGCGCCGCCUUCAACUGCCCGCCGAUUCCUGGAAUAACUUCAUUGGCCAUGAGGUCCGUUAGUGACGACUUCACUACGGGCGGUGUCCCUUUUGUGGAGCUUUUGCCUUCCAUCCAGCGCCUUUCCCUGAUCGGGACCUGGCCAUUCUGUCUCGACAUCACGCCUGCAGGCCUACCCGAGAACUGCCUCCGUAACGUGACAGACGUCACGUUCAACGGCUUCAUCAAACCGAGAGAUGUAGCAGACUUUGUUGGAAGAUUCUCCAAGCAGCUUUCGGCAUUCAGGUACAUCUACAAGGACAAAUGGUCAGACGAAGUCGCCCAUGAAUAUGAACCAGCAUGGCCAAGCGACAUUGUUAACGCUUUACUUCCACACCACGCAUGUUCAUUGCGAACACUUUGUUUCGACUAUACAGAUUACUUGAGAGCCUGCAUGUGGCGUUCUAGAUUCGGCCGGCGUCGAAUAACUCUUCCAUCUCUUGCGGGGCUAGGCGCUUUGGAGAAUUUAUGGAUGGAACCUUUCCCUGAAGACAUUGAUCUUGGAGGUGCCCAGCCCAAACACGGGCGCUGGCCGCUUGAGGCACAUGCCUCUGCAAUGAUGUUGAAGAAGCUGCUGCCCCAGUCUAUGAAGCGGAUUUGCUCUGCAGGUAGAUGUAGUGUUAAACACGACGUAAAAGUUCUCGUCUGGUUUGCAACCAACGCUGGUUCUCUGCCCAGUCUCAGUCAGAUCGACCUCACAGAUAAGGCUAUAGUGGAUAAACUUGGUGGACUGUUCACGGAAGAGGGAGUCAAUCUAACACACCAAUACAGGCCGCAUUGUGCUUCUUGGGACGUCAAAUAACAAUGUUCGAGUUAUCGCGAGGGCGAUGGCCACGCAUGGCACAAGGAGAGGACCACUGAAACAAAGACUAUCAAAGUAGGCAUAUUCGGCUCAAACUUAAG